AUGCCUCCCAAGUGUGAUUCCACAUCGGCCAUCUACGGUCUAGUGCUUCUGGCCUCAACCAUAUCCCUAGUCCUCGGAGCACUCUCCUGGGCGCGCACGACAGCCCUCCACCUCCCCCUUCCAACAUGGAUUCCCGCAACAACAACGCUCAUCACCCCCCUCGCACUCAUCGCCAUCUUAAGCUACCGCCUCUUCGUUAACAACACAUCACAAACCCAAACCAACCGGCUACGAUUCACCUUGCCGGCUCCGCUCCUCUCGCACAUCCAUACAAUCCUCCUCACAACGCUCGGCACCCUUGUUCUCUCCUACCUUUUCCCCGCCGACAUCCUAUCAUGCCACCUCGAGAACCAAUGGCAGACGUUCUUCGCACAGAAAGACGCACACGCAAUUCGCGCAAUCCAAGACCGGUUCCAGUGCUGCGGGCUACGGAGCAUCCAUGAUCGCGCGUGGCCGUUCAAGGAUCGGACGCAUGGGGAUAAUGCAUGUGAGCUGCAGAUGGGGUAUAGACGCGCUUGCGUUGAGCCGUGGACUGCGUCGCAGAGGAGUGUCUCGUGGAUGGCUUUUGCGGCUGUUUUGGGAGGCUUGAUUGUCAAGAUUGCCUUCGCACAGCUUUCAGCUCGCAGGGCAAGCUGGAUGGACUCGCGUUUACACCAGGCGAAUGGGCGCAAUCCGCAGCGUCUUGCGGGGAAUGAGGAUGCUGAGAAUGAAGGCGAGGCUAGACGGACAUUGCUGCCGCAUUCUAGGUCUGGGCAGGAGAAUGUGUGGGAUGUCGAUUGA